AUGAAAAAUGAAGACCAUUACACAUGGGUGUUGCAAAAGCUGAAGAGACUUUUCCCCCCUCAGACUCUACCUAGUGCCAUCGUGACGGAUCGAGAGUUAGGGCUCAUAAAGGCGCUAGAGAAUGUAUUUCCGACCGUACCUCAUCUCUUAUGUCUUUGGCACAUUAACAUGAAUGUGGGGCGUCGUGCUUCAAGAUGUCUCGGCAAUAGUAGGCGUCGCGGCACGGCUUUUGUACUUGGUAUGUGGCAAACUUUGGUAAAAUCAGUGUCUGAAGAAGAUUUCACCAGGAAUUACACAGCUUUGAUUGACGAGUACGCGAAUUAUCCAGAUUUGAUUGAGUAUCUCCAAUACACUUGGCUCGUAUACAAAGAGAAAUUUGUAAAAGCAUGGACGGAUCUAAUUUUCCAUUUGGGUAAUACAUCGACAAGCAGGGUGGAGAGCAACCAUAGAGCAUUGAAGAGAUGGUUGGAAUCGUCCACGGGUGGCUUCGACACAUUUUGGGCACAGUAUCACUCAAUGAUGAAAGAUCAAUUUAACGAGAUACUAGCCGAUUUUGCAAAAUCAAAGAGGAUUCGGGCCCAGACGAUCAACGUGCCCGUAUUUAAAAUAUUGUCCAGUGGAAUUGUAACACACAAUGCUCUGCAGAUGUUGGACGAUGAGAAGGAUGAAGACAUAGACGGUUGCGUCUGUUAUAUGAGGAAAUGUCUUGGACUCCCAUGCAGACAUGAAAUUCGUGCAAAGAUGAAUGCACGACGUGGUGUGUUUUAUGCAGAGGAUGUCCACAUUUUUUGGAGGACAUUUAUUUCGGGAUUCGGGGAUUCCCUAGAUGAAAGUGUUGGUUCUGUUCCCGGUCACAGGUCACUGGCUAUUGGCAGGCUAGAAGGGUUAAUGAAUGAUUUGCGUGAGCGGUCAGAAAUUGAGAUCACGGACGUGACAGAAUGUCAUUUUUGA